CGAGUAGUCGCCGCGAGUGCAGGCGCCCCGCGACUCGCGACCUUACUAUCUGCGCUACGUCGCUACCACGCCACCACUCACUCGAACCGAAUUCGCUCACCGGCCACCGCGCGUUACACGGAAACUAUCACUUUCGCUCCAGAUGACAAUCAAGUUCUAACUAUGAUAACACUGUGAAUUUAUUAGUGUGCACCGUCCGGCUCUACCACCACGGCAGCAUCGCAAGACAUAAAAAUGCCCCAGUGGGCGAGCGCGGAGGGCGGAGGCUCAGAGGCCGAGUCGCCUGACCAAGUGAUGUUGUACUUCGAAGAUGAAACUUCCGAGUACUACGAUAAUAAACCUGAUAUUGCUGAUAAAAUUGAACAAGCUGGAGAUUUCUACGACAGCGGUAGCGGUAGUGAUGAGCAAGUUGUGCGUCGCGUGAGUCGGCCGCGGCGGGCUGCGGCAGGGUCGUCAUCAUCAGCGGCCAGCAGUAGUGGGCCCACGGGCCCCGGCCGAAGACGACGAUGCGGCAUCUCAGCGCGAGAGCGCAACCUCCGUAGGCUCGAAAGUAAUGAAAGAGAACGAAUGCGGAUGCACUCACUCAAUAGAGCAUUUGAGGAUCUCCGACGAGUAAUACCACACGUCAAGAAAGAUAACAGGAGUUUAUCAAAAAUUGAAACUCUUACUUUAGCCAAAAAUUAUGUAAAGGCCCUAACAAAUGCAAUAUGCACAAUGAGGGGAGAAGUACCACGAUACCAAUUUAAUAGUGACGACGAGAAUGUAGAGCCUGUGUUCGUAUUAAAUCGUGACCAGGAACAAAACAAUAACGUGCCAAGUGAUCAGGACCGAGAAGACUCCAGCCCUGGCUCCCGAAGUUGCCUCUGACAAAGACGUACUAGUCCCCGCUUCGCCUCCCUCGUGUCCACCGCCCGCUCUCCAACUGUAUCGACGUGAACAAACUCAAACAAAGGAAUGAUGAACUUAUGCAUACAUCGUGCAUCGUCUUAGUAUGUGUCCAUAUUAUACUUAAUUACCCAUAUCUCAUUAGUAUUCUUGAUAUGAAAAAAAUUGUAAGUAUUAUUUUCCCAAUAGGUUCGCGAAAAGUAUUUAUGGCAAAUAUCACUUGUAGAGUUGUAGCGCCCGAUCCAAAUUAAUGUAAAGGUACAUAGUACGGGGCUAAAGGAUAUACUGAGGCAAAGAACAAAAGUAAUAAGAAGCGAGUUAAGCGUUUAAUCAAAUAAGAUACGGCCAGAGAAAAUUAUUUUGAUAAAGUUGGUUAAUUAAAAAGUAUUAUGCAAGCUGAUGCUACGAAGAUUAUUAAAGUUUACAAGUAACUCGAUACCUGUAAGAACAUUGACACCCAAAGACCAAUGGUACGAAUUAAUUGCUAGAUGUAUAUUAUAUAAUC